AAAAGUUUUAGAAUUCCAUGAAUUCCAAUUCUUUUCAAAUCAGUGAGCAGAUAUUGACCAGAACUCCAUCCUUUCAGUAUGCAUUAGUUUUGUAUGUUUGCUUGAAUUUUGUAGAUCAUACACAAAUUUUGUGGUAGGUGCUGUCACUCUGAAGUGAGCCAUUUGUCUGUAGACUUCUUUGUUGUUGUUCUUACCUUUAAUUAGAAUCUUUGUGUGCUCAGUCUACUGAUGUCUGUUAUCCAUUCUUACCCAGAUUCUUAUAUAUGUGACUGACUGAAGAAUUAUUUGACCCCCGGUUCCAUUUUCUUAGGCUGCUGUAAAAUGGCAUGGCAUAAUUAAAUCCAGACUUAGGUGUGGUUUGGUUCUGAUUACAAGACAGGUUUAGCCUUUUUGCUCCUUGGAUCAAGGGGACUUUUAUAUUUUAAUUGAGUUCUCCUGCAUGGCUGAGUUUUGUAGUGACUUUAAUGUUAAUGUCUUCUUUUCCUCUCCUGCUGCUCAGAAUGCCUUUAUAACAGAGCUUUGCUUGAGAACUAGUAUGUCCCUGUUUUUUUGGGGGGGAUAGGUUGUCACAAGGAACUUGACUUGUGAGCACCUGGAAUUCAUUAAAAUUCCUCUUACCAGCCUGUUACAUGAGGAUACCUAAAACUUGGACUGUUGUGUUUGCUUGCAGGCUUAUACAGGACACACCACCAUCUCUUUGGAUUUCUGUGUCCAAAUGAAUGAUUAUGAUCUUUGUUGUGCCUCUGCAGUUUCAAGCAGUUGAAUUAUUUUGGUGUUUCUGUGUUCUUGGUAACUGACACACUUGGUCUAGGCUUGCUGGGUAGAAAGGGGAUGUAGAAGUAAGUUGGGUAUAGCGUUUGUUUUGGUAUCCCACUCACUCUUAUUCAGCAAGAAGGCAUAAAAUGCAUCAGUAGUAUCAUUCAAGGAGAGGUAAACUCCUGAUCCACACUGAGAGAGGGGAGGGACGAGUCACAUCUGCACCAUUGGGCACAGACCACUCUGGCCAGUAUUCAGGAGGUGUGUAUGUGUGAAGGGAGUUAAUUCCUUUUAGCUGCUGAAUAAAUCCGUGGCUGACCUCAUUGAUGUGACAGUGAAAUCAGCAGGAGUUCUCAUAUGCUUGACAGAAAGGCAUGUAUUAAAGUGCUUUCUUUGAAGCAAGGUCACUGCAUUGCUAAUCUGAGCAUUUUUCCUGUGAUGGGCAAAUCCCUCUUGGUCUCUGAGCAUCCUUUGCUCUAGUUGAUGCAGGAAUUUGGUUCUGUGCCAAGGAAACAAGUGGAAUAUUUACUGCUGAGUUCACGAUGAAUAGGGUUUCUUAUGGGAGCAGGAACCACAGCUAUCUUGAAGGCGGUCUUCUAAUUAAUGCUGUCUGUUUGUUGUAUAACAGCAAGGUCUUCACAAAAGAGUUCUUUUGGAUAUUUCCCUUGGGUUCUUCUGUCUGAGCAAGAACAUAGCCCACAGAGGGGCGAGAAACUGGAGAGGUGAUAUUUUCCUUGUGACAAAGGCCAUACAUAAUAAGGAAUUUGUCAGUUCCAAAGAUACCACUGGAAAUGUUUAUACUGUUAUAUAGGAAAGCAUUCCUUGGAGACAAGUUGUCUUGUAAUUUGAAAUUAGGAUGGAUGUGUGUGCUGCUGUGUCUGUGGCUCUUUUUUGGCUCUUUGUCAGCAUACCUGACACUCUGAACAUAGAUCUGCUCCAAAGCCGAAGCAUCUGUCCUUCUGAAAUAUUUUUUUUUACUCUAAACCUAAUCAGAGAUAAGGGGUUUCAGCAUGGUUUGCAAAACCCUUCUAGAAGUGCGUGAAUUGCCCCAUAACAACAGUGGAAUUUAAAUGUUGAGUCUAUAUUAAUUCACAGAAUUUAACUGAGUCAUGCCUGUACUGUCGUAUAGCGAGGCUUAAGGUGGCUUAUAGCUGGCUUGGAUAUAGAAGCCAGUUAUGGCAGCAUGGUGCCCAAGACAGGCUAAUUUGCUUUGCUUCUUGACCGAGUUUUCUCCUGCUUUACCAGCACAUACGUUAAACAGAUAUUUCAGAGGUAGCUUUGAUACUUCUUGCUACUUUGCUGUCACAGUUCCAUCUAGCAAAACCUUAAGACUCAAAAACUCUGACUACCCAAAUUCCAGGUGAGAUGAGAACUGAGACCAUUGGUCUGCAAAUAAGAGCACAACUGAAUGGGGAAUGAAGGGAGUGAGCAAAGAGUAGUUUGUACUUGAAAGGCCUCCUCUGAACUCUGUGGCAAUUGAGGCCUGUGAAACAUCUCUCACCAGGAAAUGGGACACAAAGAAGGCUAGGGAGAAAACUUGUUUAGAUGGACUUUAAACUUCUAGGUUUACUGUGCUCUACAGUGCCAAAGUUAAUCUUUACCCACAGUGCAUGCAUUUUUGGAGGUACAUCUCCUUUUAUUAGUACAUUUGUGUUGUGUUUGGAAUGAGUGACCUUUGAGGUGGUUGGAAAUUUUAAAAAACACUUAUCUUGCCAAAGUAGUUAUUCUAUUUAUUUGCUUUCUAAGAAUAUACUUCUUAAGUCAGUAGUGAAAAUAAAAAGUUUGUAUGUCUGAAAUGUCUUCAGUAAGAGCUUCAAAGAACUGUAAAUGUAACCACACAGAACUUCUGUGAAAUAGGUAAGACAUAAUAUUACUGCAUUACAAAGGGAUAUAAAAAAUGAAAUCACUAGUGCGAAUCUAACUAGAACACCAAUGAUAGUCAUGACAGCUGUUGAUGUACAUCAGCUGUAUAACCCUUGUUUCUUUCCACACAGCUCCUAAUGCUGUAAUUGUAUUUUUAGUCACAGUUACUGUUUGAUAAUACUCUGCUGCUUUUCCACUCCUGUGAAGCAGAGAAGCAGGUCUCUUGGUUCAGUGUGGUGUUAUUUACACUAUUAAGUUGCGGCAGGUAUCUCUGUUUGAUCUGAUCCUUGGUGUGGGAUUACUGAUGAGGUUGAAGGAACUAUUCUGGCUUGAGAGAGGCAGAUUCUGGAUGGAAAGCUGGCACAUUACGGGGAGAUUCAAGCAAUCGUUCAGCAGCACAGGAAGGAGUAGUUGUAAGCCUGACCCUUCUGUGCAGGGAGCCGUGAAAAGAGGUGCUGAUAGCAGUUGUUUCACUUAAGCUAUUUGGAGCAUAGGGAUAGAUCCUGUAGUCUAUGUGGCCUCCAGGGAUUAGACACAUCCCCAGAGUCUCUUCUGGCAUUUGCUACACCUCAGGAGGCACCACCAAAGGGUUAAAUAGUUCCACAGUGUGUCACUUUCUCUCUAAUUAGGAAGUGGUCCAAGAGCUCAAAGUUCAAAAUGCACAUGGUCUGAGCUGGGACAAAGCCCAAAUUCCCACUGACUGCAGAUUCAUAUGUUAGUGUGGUGCAUCUGCGCAUGAUCUCUUCCCCUUCCCAUUUCUGCCAUUUGCUUUCCUUUUUAAAAAGAAAGAGAUAUUUCAGCUACACCGUUUCACUUCUUUUGUCACUAUCUGAGCUCUUCCAUUGCUUGAGCUGGUGUGUUUUCUAGGAAUAACUUGUAACCCCCUUUAUAACUGAAAGCAGGCCAGUAAAACAUAACAAAAACUUCACUCCACUCCAUUCUGCAGCAUCUGUGGCUUCUGCCAGAGAACCAGGGCAGGUCUCCUCCCAGCAGCAAUGUAGACACAAACUGGACAGCCUCAGGGGGCCUGAGGUUCCUUGUUAGCCCCAAAGGGAGGUACAAAGAACAGGCAAAAUAGCAUCCAGCUGAGCUUGUUUUGAGAAGACAGGGCAAAGUGAGGGUGGGCUGAGGCCACAAAAUAGUAAAAAAACCAGUUUUGGAAAGCAAACAAUAAAUAAUAGGAGCCAGAUGCAUGGAUGGUAAAAUGAAAGGGACAGAGUCAAAAUGUCACUCAUGGAGCCUGCAGCUGAGGGAGUGGGGAAAGUUCUUCUGAAUCGUAUAACAGAAUCAUAGAAUAUGCUGAGCUGGGACUCAUCAGCUUUUGGGAUCUUGUGUUUAAGAAUGGUGUGGGUUUGGGGGUCAUGGUUUUAAGUUUCACCACAGGAUAGAUGGUAGCUUCUUGGGGAUGACAGCCAUCUUUUGCAUAUGAAAAAAAAAAGGUGGUGAUGCUGGUCUCCAGCUUUUGCCCUCUCUGUCUUCAGCCACAUAUUUACUGUUUCCGUCCACUGGCGCUUUGGGUGCUGAACAUGGCAGGGAUAUUGAGUCAGAUCAUUAACCUGUCUGAAAUACAUAUCCAGCAUGACAAAUUUGGGCUGUGAGCUUUCACACUGUUCCUGCAACACAUGUGAGAGAGACACAGGCCUGUGCAGCUGGGAAUGGCAGUAAAGAGAGAGGGAUAGCCCUUUUGAUAAAAGUAAAUUAUUAAAUCAGCUUGGCCAUCACUUAGCUGGUGCCUGGGUUAGUAUUGUUGGCAGUGCUGGUAACACUUUUCCUGUGUCAUGCCAGGCUUAAGGACAAAGAGACAACUUCAUCCUUGGCAUGCUAUGAUUGGAGUCAUAGGAGUUGUACCCGGGUGACUUUGUCUAAAGUGUGCCUUUUCAACAAAGUCCACUAAAUCAGCUCAUUCUUGCUCUUUCUUUUGUUUCUUUAUUUGUGGCUACACUGAAUUAGCAUCUUAAAUAAAUUUCCAUGGGAAUCAGAGAUGAAAUAGCUAGCUUGCUUUCUCUUGUGCAUCUACAAACAGUCUUUUCAUAGCAGUCUUUUCACAAUCUCAUGUACAGUGUUUGGGCACUUGAUCCAUAUCCAUCAAGGGCUUUUCAUGCCUAUCCUGUUCCAUAAAAAAAAAAUCUAACAGCAUAAGGUGUGUAACAUGCAGUAUAUAGUUGAUGGUAGAAGAUUUGUAGCAUAUAUAUUUUAUAUACACUAAUGAAACAUCUCUCUUUCUGGAGUGACUUUUCACCUAUUCAUUGUUUCUCCUACUCUCACUUGGAUACAUUAUUUCUAUAUUUUGUGACAUGUAGAUUGCAGAAGAGAAAGAAAAACAGGUCAUUUGAUUUCAUGAAGCAGGACAUUCUCUGCAUAGAAGACAAGGCAAGAAAAGAGAGCUUUGUAAGGAAGAGAGAAAGCUGAAAAGCCAGGCCUUGUGAUGAAGAGAGAUGUGGGAGUGGAUCGGUAAGAAAGGAGAAAUUCUAAAAAGGCCUUGAAGCUCAGGACAUGAAAGCAUGUCUUUCAUGGAGGUGCAAGCAAUGUGGCUGUGGUAUGGAACAAAAGAUUACCUCAGUUGCUGAAUUUCUUGUGGAUGCAGGUGCAUUGGGAAUAAGGUCCAGGCUCAGUAAUCAAAAUAAUUAAAGUAAUCAUAUACUGGGAUCACAUGGUGGACCUGAGCAGAGAUUUACAGGUUAAAAAUACUGGAAAAGAGCUCUGGUAAAAUAAUGGUGUUGGUGUGGAUAGCACAGACUAAGAAAUCCAGGCAAAAGUAGAGGCAGUGUAUGUUAUGUCCCUGGUGGGUGCUGAUGGAGCUGUGCAAUUGCAUCAGAAUCUGAGAUGUCAUUGAAGAACGUGUCUAGUAUGUCUCACUGUGAAGAAAAACUUGCAAACGUGACCCGAGCACAUUGUGAUGCAGUGCUUUGUGCCAGAGCUCCCGUGCAGCCUGUCAGCAGAAGCCGGAGAGCUUCGAUACACUCGCCCGUCUGAACGAGGUGCUAACUCCAGCAUCUGCUUCUGCAGUAGUUCAUCUCCUUUAUCAAUGCAGAGAGGGAGAGAAACGACUUCUGCCAAGACUACAGGAAAUAUGGUGUGAUUGCACUGCUUUAAUUUGACCCCAUAAAAGGAUCUUAAAAUUAAAAGCUGUCAGGGCAUUUAAUACAAUAUGCCUAAAACACAGGCUGAAGUAUGGAACUGGAGAAAAGCAUAAAGCUGAAAAAUACAAUUGGAUGCUCGUAAAUCACUGACAAAAAGUGGUACAGGAGCCUGCACAAGCAAGUAGUAAAAGCUGGAUAGAAUAUAACAAGAAGUAGGGUACCUUUGGGAGUGCGAGAGAGGGAGGAGUAGAUGCUGAGAGAAGAAAUAAUCAGAAAGGUCAGAGAAAAAACAGUGAAAGCCAAAAAGAUGGCAUGGUUUUUAAGGAGGAUAGCAAAAAAAGCGCUCAAAGAGCCUGAGGCUUGAAGCACAAAACAUGAUAUUUAUGCAGGGAGUUAUUAUAGAACGCUUAAUGAGACAGAUUUUGGUGGCAGACAGGCCUCACAGCCAAACUGGAGGCAUAAGAAAGUAGGACAGAGCUGGGAUGAAAUGGGAUCAGCAGCUGUAAGCAGGGUAUUCAAUUAACUAGGAACAAUUCAAUUCAAACAACAAAGGGAGAGAGGAACCUGGGCAGACAGGUGGGAACAUAGAUGACUCAGGCAAGAUCAGAAGGAGCUUAUAUUUCAGGGACUAUUUACUCCAUGCAGUACCUCUUUUGUCUCUGUGUUAAGAUCUGUAAACUGACUGAGAAGCAUUUGCUUCUGUGCUACAUUGCCUUUCUUGAAUGAUGGGGGGACAGACAAGAAGUGUGGUGCUGAAGAGAAGGGAGACUUAACACCUCCCCUUUUGACAGCAAUAAUUUGCUAGAUCAAUUUGGUUGUCUCACAGAACUUUACUGUAAGGUGCCUCUGUUGUGACUCUGCUAUUUCCAGGAGAUCUGGACCCAAAGAACAAUCAGUUAAGAUGGAGGUUAAAAGAAGCAAUCAUAGGAGGAUCAAUAAAGGUUGGGGGGUCAGGUCAAGAAGGUCAGGGUAAGACAUUUGUGACAGAGAAGUGAGAAAUGCCACUGUCAGCAAAUAAAGCAGAUAAAGCCUGUUAAGAAGGAUGAGAAUAGGAAAAAGGAUGGAGAGAAUUAAAAUUAGAGACUUUUCAAGUGAAACUUCUCUACAGUGAAUAUGAACUAAAUGUAAUUUAGAGGUCUUUUGUUUGCUUGUAUGUUCGAUUGACCUAAAAGUAACGGUGCCUUGGAGAUGCCUGCGGGCUCUCUAGAAGUGUUUGUAUGAAUACACAGCACAUAUGUGCUUUUCCCUGAAGUGAUCUAUUGAUUUUUGUUUUUCCUUCCACCUUAAGCAUUUUAAUGCCUAGCAGUAAACCGUCAAGCCUUAGCCCUUCCCAGUCAGUCCCUCUUGUUCCCCUGCUUAAGAAUGAAACUCAAUAUCUUGAACACCCAGAAUGUGAAGAAGGAGCUAAUCAUUGGCUCGCAUUGUGGCUGGCAGGGCAGGCCCGCCUCUUUGGCUUGUGCUGACAAGCUGUUUAUGUUUGUGCACGGCCACCCUUUAACUCAGCCGCCCGAUGGCCGUAAUGGGACCAACUGUCUGAAUGCUGCAGGGAGCUAAAUCUUCUCAUCAGAGGCACAGUGAAUUUCAGCCUCCGAUUCUCCCGCCUGGACUCUAUGGAACACUGCACUGUGCAGGGUAGAAGGGAACAGGACCCAUAUGUCAGUGGUCUAGGAUGGCCAGUGAAGGCUCCAACAUUCCAAGUCCUGUGGUCCGUCAGAUUGACAAGCAGUUUCUGAUUUGCAGCAUAUGCCUGGACCGUUACAAGAACCCCAAAGUACUUCCCUGCCUGCACACUUUCUGUGAGAGGUGUUUACAGAAUUACAUUCCAGCCCAUAGCUUAACCCUUUCUUGCCCCGUGUGCCGCCAGACCUCCAUUCUGCCAGAGAAAGGGGUUUCUGCACUCCAGAACAACUUCUUUAUUACCAACCUGAUGGAUGUCCUGCAGCGAACGCCGGACAACAGCAUUGAGGAGUCCUCCAUCUUGGAGACUGUCACUGCUGUUGCUGCAGGCAAACCUCUCUCCUGCCCCAAUCACGAUGGAAAUGUGAUGGAGUUUUACUGCCAGUCCUGUGAGACAGCCAUGUGCCGGGAGUGCACCGAGGGAGAACAUGCAGAGCACCCCACGGUACCACUCAAGGAUGUGGUGGAGCAACACAAGGCUUCCCUCCAAGUCCAAUUGGAUGCUGUCAACAAAAGGCUUCCAGAGAUUGACUCAGCACUUCAUUUUAUAUCUGAAAUCAUACACCAGUUAACCAACCAAAAGGCUAGCAUCGUAGAUGACAUUCAUUCCACUUUUGAUGAACUCCAGAAGACUUUAAAUGUGCGAAAGAGCGUGCUGCUCAUGGAGCUGGAAGUGAAUUAUGGCCUUAAACACAAAGUCCUCCAGACACAGCUGGAUACCUUACUAGAAGGACAGGAAAGCAUUAAAAGCUGCAGCAACUUUACAGCCCAAGCCCUCAACCAUGGCACCGAAACCGAAGUGCUGCUGGUGAAGAAGCAGAUGAGUGACAAGCUGAACGAACUGGCCGAGCGUGACUUCCCGCUGCAGCCCCGAGAAAACGAUCAGUUGGACUUCAUAGUGGAAACAGAAGGCCUGAAGAAGUCCAUUCACAACCUGGGGACUAUUUUAACCACCAACGCUGUUGCCUCUGAAACAGUUGCCACCGGUGAGGGACUGAGGCAGACGGUGAUCGGACAGCCCAUGUCCGUUACCAUCACAACCAAGGACAAGGAUGGGGAGCUCUGUAAAUCUGGGAAUGCUUACCUCACUGCUGAACUGAGCACGCCUGAUGGGAGCGUAGCGGACGGAGAAAUACUUGACAACAAAAACGGCACUUACGAGUUUUUGUAUACUGUUCAGAAAGAAGGAGACUUCACUUUGUCACUGAGACUUUAUGAUCAACAUAUCAAGGGCAGCCCGUUCAAACUUAAAGUGGUCAGGUCAGCAGAUGUGUCUCCUACCACUGAAGGGGUUAAGAGACGUGUUAAAUCUCCAGGCAGUGGUCAUGUGAAGCAGAAAGCUGUGAAAAGACCUGCGAGCAUGUACAGCACUGGCAAAAGAAAAGAGAAUCCCAUUGAAGAUGAUUUGAUCUUCAGAAUAGGCACCAAAGGAAGAAACAAAGGGGAAUUUACAAAUCUUCAAGGUGUAGCUGCAUCUACAAAUGGAAAAAUAUUAAUAGCAGACAGUAACAACCAGUGUGUGCAGAUAUUUUCCAAUGAUGGUCAGUUCAAAAGCCGUUUUGGCAUACGAGGAAGGUCUCCUGGCCAGCUGCAGCGGCCAACAGGAGUGGCUGUGCAUCCCAGUGGUGACAUCAUUAUUGCAGACUAUGAUAACAAAUGGGUUAGCAUAUUCUCAUCAGAUGGAAAAUUUAAGGCCAAAAUUGGAUCUGGAAAGCUCAUGGGCCCUAAAGGUGUUUCAGUGGAUCGUAAUGGACACAUCAUUGUAGUGGACAAUAAAGCAUGCUGUGUCUUCAUCUUCCAGCCAAAUGGGAAAAUAGUCACCAGGUUCGGAAGUCGAGGAAAUGGUGACAAGCAGUUUGCAGGUACACUUGAUGGUCCUCAUUUUGCAGCUGUAAACAGCAACAAUGAAAUUAUCAUUACAGAUUUUCAUAACCAUUCUGUCAAGGUCUUUAACCAGGAGGGGGAGUUCAUGCUGAAGUUUGGAUCAAAUGGAGAAGGAAAUGGGCAGUUUAAUGCACCAACUGGAGUAGCAGUAGAUUCUAAUGGAAAUAUUAUUGUAGCAGAUUGGGGAAACAGCCGGAUACAGGUUUUUGAUGGAAGCGGAUCAUUUUUAUCCUACAUUAACACCUCUGCUGACCCCCUUUAUGGUCCCCAAGGUCUGGCUCUUACUUCAGAUGGCCACGUUGUAGUCGCAGACUCUGGAAAUCACUGCUUCAAGGUCUACCGAUACUUACAGUAGCAAUGAGCUCUGGAGCUGGAUAAUCACCCACCCUUAAGAAAAGACUCGUCCUAGAGAUCCAAUGCAGGAUAUCUCCUACUUUGUGUUUAUUUUUAAUAAUAAAGGAGUCUCUUAUGGACUUCUUAUGAUUAUUUCCAAACUUACCUUGUUUACAUAGGACUUACGCCUCUUAUGUUUCUCACUGAACGUGUUGUUGUGUUAAUAAAAAAAGAUAAAUCUCUGUAACUGAAUUCAUUAAGACAAUGUGAAAUUAAACACAAACUGCAUCCUAUGAAACUGGAAUUAACAAUAAGGCAAAAAUGAGAAAAGUUUGGGAAAAGUCCCCAAAGCUUUUUGAUGACUGCGAAGGAUAGCUCCUGCUCAGAGCUUCCAAAUUUAAAGAAGUAUCAUUCUUACAUGUUAUUUAACCCAGGGGUGAUCCUGGGAAUCUUCUAGAUCUCAUUACCAUGGUAGGUAUUACACAUUUAACAUUCUUCAGUCUUACUGUGUAUAAGAAGUAGGUCCUUUUAGUAUAAGGUUAAGUCUCACAAAAUCCGUCUAGCUCUAACCGUCAACACAGCUCAGUGUUUACCACUUUGAGAAUCAAUGCAAAUUCCCUACUCAUGUGGAAUUAAUGAAGGAUUGUUUAGUGCGGCUGUUUUUCACUCUUCCUCUUGCUCAAUGUGCAGGAAGGACUUUGCAGAGACAUGACAUUUCUAAAGCUCUGGAAAAACUUAAUUGUAGCGAUACAUUAGUGGGAGUGGAAUUUCUGUAUAACUACAGACCUUCUGACACCAAACUAGUUCAUUAGGAUCAGGGUUAUUACAAUGUCAAGUCAAUUAACCUCAUGUGUGCCACUCUUUCAUACGUGUUCAUUGCCAUGUUUCCUUACGGCAACUCAUUGUAUUAACCUCUAAAAUAAGAUGCAGCUUCACACAGGACAGAAAGCCAGAGAAGUACCCUGUGGAGGACCUACGUUAUACAACCAAAGGAACUGUGGUAAACAGAGGUUGUAUAGGAAAGCCAAGGGUUACCAAAGCUAUUUCUUUUUAUGUGAGAAAAAAUAUGUUACAAAUAAAAAUGAAUUUGAACCAAUUCCUGAAGUCCUUCAUCAAAGGGAAUUUUGUUAGAGGACAAAACAAGGACUGUGAGAUUUGUUCCAAUUUGUUUGUAUGUAUGUAUGUAUGUAUGUAUGACUGAUUGACAUAAAAAUUUAAAAAAAGUAAAUGUGAGUUAUUUCAGCAAACUGGAACGUAUGUAUGAUAUUUGACAAUGGCAGUACUCCGAAAAAUGACCUUUCUUCCUCUGCCAGAUCUCUCUACUGUGUACUUUGUUGAAGUAUUAAUUUAACUGGAAAUGCUUACAGGCAUGGUUCUGUUUUUAAUGUUUGGUUUGUUGGGGGUUUUUUAAGUAUGAACUUGUCCUUUCUAAAGCAGCAUUUGCUUUAUUCUUAUUUCUAUAUCCAGUGGUCAAAGGUUGAAUUGCUACUGUAGCCUGAUAUAGAUAGAGUGGUGCUCCCUUUUAAGUGUUGCUUGAGGAGCUGUGAGCUUGCUGCCAAUGCCUACACUAGCCUGGGAAGUGCUGUCUUUCUCAUUUUUAGGGCCUUGAAACAAAACGGCAUUGGGUCAGAAACAAGGGAGUAUUUUAAGCAUGUUUGCAAAAUGGAAAGAAAACUUUGAUAAAAUCUCUUGUUAUAAGUAUUUGUCUUAUUUCUAAAGCGUAAGGUGGUUGUUUCAAUGAAUUUGAGAAAAACUAAUGGUUUUUUUCUAAAGUUGCAUUUGACUGGUAAAAAUGAAGACCCCAAGGUUCUUACAUGGGGGUUUGGUCUGGUUUUUAAUUACUGUUUCCUGAAGAUAUUUCCUCUUCUUUCCGUUGUUUAUUUUUUGCACAUAGAAUCAAUUUUAAAUUUCUCGUGCAAAUAUAAGUUUCUUUAUUUCAUUGGAAUAAAUAUUUUGUGCAUGAAGCUUAAGGACUGUAUAACAAAGCUAAGAAACUGGUGGUAAUUUAUGAAUAUUAAAACUGAAGUUUGUUAUUACUAAGAGAACAAAAUAUCCUCUGCUUGAACUGAGUUUGUCCUAAAAUUCUGAAGAUGGUAUCUCGGUCAUUACAAAUAAACUGUCCUAUCAAAAUUUAACAAAGCUGUAGAUCAAAUUUUCAUUCUAAGUGUCCUUAUAACAUUUUCUGACAUUGGAAGACCCUUAAAUGGCAAAUCAAUGAAGAAAAGGCAUUUGAACUGUAUUUAGUAAUAAAGAGAAGGGGUUGCACAGGUUGGGGUAAAAUUUUUUAAAAAUGUGCUGUGGCUGUCAGUUAUCAUAUUUAGUUCCAAAUAUGGAUUUUUAGAAUACAAUUUUACUAAGCUUACAUGUUUGCCCCUCAGAAAACAUUGCCAAAUCCUCUGUUGUCAGGUACUUUGAGAAACAUGAAAAUCAGAUCCUAACCCAUAUAUCAAAAAAAAUACUUAAGACUGUGCUAUUUCAUGUAUACACCUUUCUUCAAAAGGUUUUCAGUCCUUUGGUCCAGCAUUGUUUAGCAGGAUUUUAGAUUACCCUUUUGAACGCAGUGCAUCCUGAUAAGUGAAUUCUGCGCAUAACCCUUCUCACAACCCAGCUCAAAGCUUUUAGGAGUUUUGUGGAUUUUCUCUUAAAAUUGUCUUUUGGAUUUUCAGACAUUAUCAGCAGAGCAGCACCUAGAGAAUGUCACGAAUUUGAAGUUAUUUCUGAUAGUAAAUGCUGUCAGCUUCAAAUUUAGUGGCAUAGGACAUUCCCUUCCAAGGUCUGACCUUAUCUGCCUGGCAUUGGGAAACUGAGAAACACUUUGCUUUUAUGGUGCUUCUGAAGCCAACUUCACUGAAAUGCUUGGCUUACAAACCUUACAAAGAGCAACCAAAGCAGAAAUUCUGCACUUAAAAGCUGGCAGACUUUUUUUCUCAUCCAAUUAAGGGAAGGUCAGAAUUGCACUACGUGAUUUGCUGAGUUGUUAGCAUUUAUUAAAGGCUUUACAGGCACGCUGCUGCCAGAUUUCAGGUAUAACCAAAUGUCCCCUUGACUUCCCUGGAAUGCUAAUUGACUAGCAGCGCAGCAUGAAUGGUGAAAGUAUGUGCUUCAUUUAACUAAUCUUCAACUCAAAAGUAAUCUCAAAAGGUUCUUAGAUCUUGUGUCAUAUGGAGCAUUUUAGGACAAACUAGCCAACUGUAUUUUCAUUGUUCAGUGAAUAGAAUAAAAAGAUCUGUUCAGAUAAAUCCAAUAUAAACAAUAGGAGAGUUUUGCAUAGGCUAAACCAGCACCAAUGUAUUGAAAAAGAAAAGGAAAAUGGUUUAGGCAAGCAAUUGCCUCAUGAAGAUGGAGCGCUAUUUACUAGUAAAUGCUCAUCUGUUCUGUAAAAGCUAGAGGGCUUUUGAUUUUAUGUCAAUAUUUUUUAUAAUAAGGAUCUAGUGUUGCCAUAAUGAGAACUAUAAGUGCCCAAUAUGUUGUGUUUGUUAUAAAGAAAUGACUUUCAGUUGUGGGAGACAGCUCGUUAUGAAAUCAUGAUAUAAAGUCAAACCUUUCUUCAAGAAUUCAAGCAGCGAUUAUCUGACGUGUUUGUGGAAAGUGUACAAAACACCUUUCGUUCUAUGGAAUGGGAAGGUUCCAAACAGGUCAUUUUAUUUCUGACGAAUGUACAGCACUUCAGUUGAUGUUUGUGAGCAACACAGCCUUAACCCUGACACUUUUUCUUUGGCUUUAUGACAUGGGAAUGUUCCCUAAGUUGUGUAGUGUAUGGCAGCAGCCCCUGAUAGAAAUCUCUACCAGUUUAUAUGCUGCAGCUUUCCAGUUCUAGGAGUGUUUCCAGUUAUUUUUUCAUGUUUUUUAAAAUGUUUUUGUACAUUCCAUCUUUGUAAUAUAUGUUUUGUGUAUAUGUAAGCCUUGCACUCUCUUGACACUCAUAAUGAAAUACUCUUCUCACAUGUUUUUUUUGUUGUUGAUGAUGAUGUUUUUGUUGUUUUUUUUUAUCCCUAUGAAGCUAAAUACAGACUAUUUCUCCUUAAGGUCAAGGAUGAAAGAUGCGCAUCAAAGUAUUUGUGUGUGGGUGUGUGUGCGUGUGUGUGCGUGUGUGUGUGUAGUUUUAGCUUCCUGUGUGCCAUGGUAUUCAUAAUGCUUUAGCUGACAAAAAAAAAUUACUCUGUCUUGGAAAUGUAGGAAAACCGGAGUCAAAUGUGUACCUUUACCACGCACAAAAAUUUCAAAUAAUAAAAAUAAAGCUUGUUUCCUCUGUUA